AUGUGGGAAUUUGCCAUUCUAGACAAUUCAACUCCUGUUGGAUAUAUGCUCCCUCAGCACGUCGCCGAGAUGAAGUGGGACAAUACGAGCUUUAAAGUUUCCAGAGCCAAGCUCAAGAUUCAUCUGAAUCCUGUCAUCAAACCAGGCGACGACAUUGUUGACAUAUGCCGACGCGAAUUUAUACAACUGUGCCAAAAGAAUGCCGAUAAUCUCAAUGGUUGCUUUCAGAAGUGGCUCAAGAAGAGCUCGGAUUUCCAUCCUAUCCGCGGACUUGAUGCUAAGUUGGCCGGCUUGGUCAUUCCUUCAGCUGCCAGAGGAAUAUUUGGUAUCGUGACGACGGGCGUCCACAUGAACAUGUUCACCAUAAGGGGAGGUGGGAUUUAUGUGUGGGUUUCGAGACGCUCUCAAAAUGUCACAUAUGCCAGAAAGCUUGACCAGCUUGUUGCUGGAGCCAUGGAUCCGGAAGACAACAUGGACCCUCUGGUGACUUUGAAACGUGAAGCUAUGGAGGAAGCAGGGCUCUUGGUCGACAUUCAUACGAAAAUGGUUACUUGGAGGGGCGUCUAUGUCGGCAGAGUCACUAGCGAGUCUCUGAUCUCAUUCUAUGAUCAGAAAGACCAUAUUGCCGGCAGUGAGGAGGGACACAUUGAGCCUGGUAUCCGGUACACUUUUGAUUUGGAAGUUAGCCCUGGUUUCAUCCCAUAUCCAGAGGAACCGGAGUCGAUUGACGGAUUUGUGCUGAAGCCAGUGGAAGAGGUGAAGCGUGAUUUGAAGAACGCUGAGUGGAAGCCGAACUGUGGGCUUGUUAUGCUGGACUUUUUACUUCGAAAGGGUGUGGUUAGGGAUGAUGAUGAUGUGAAUUUUGGAUUACUGAGACGCGGCCUUCACAGGAGCCUCCCACUUCGAAUUGAGUGA